CUUACUUAAAAAAAAAAAAAAGUUCUCGCUACUCCGUUAUCAACAAGCCACCAAUAGCUCUCCUUAUUGAAAAUGUCUCGAUGGAUGUAUGAUGUGUAUCUAAGUUUUCGAGGUCUAGAUAACUGUAAAACCUUCGUUGAUCAUCUAUACAACGGCCUUAAGCGAAACAGAAUUCAUACAUGUUUAGAUGAUAGUGUAGCGGGUGGUGAUGUGUCGGGUGAAACAGAAGUGAAAUAUGAUGUCAUUGAAAAAUCGAAGUUUUUGAUGGUGAUUUUCUCUGAUAAGUAUGCUUCUUCGACAUCGUGUAUGAGGGAACUUGUGAAAAUUCUCGAUCUCAGCGCAAGCAGUUCCGAAUAUAAAUGUAUACCAGUGUUUUAUAAUGUUACUCCCGAGAUGGUGAAGGAACAAAGUGGAAGCUAUGCAGAAGCGUUUGCCGAACAUGAAGUGUCGAAUAAAGCAGAGGUGGGUGAAUGGAGGAAAGCUCUUUCCAUGGCAGCUUCGUUUUCUGGAUGGGAUCUUAAUUCCGAGACAAAUGGGUCUGAGUACAAGUUCAUUGAGGACAUAUCCAAAGGAAUCCGCAAAAUGUUUUCUGAUGCGCCAUCCAUGCAUGCUGGAAUUCGGGUGCACAAGUCUGAGUCGAACUACCGCCACUCUAAGCAUUCAAAGAGACAACUUGCUAUAUAUUGGGAUAUGGAGAGUUGUUGUAUUCCAAAUGGCGUUGCUCCAAAAGAAAUUUAUAAUAACAUCUUGGCAUGCUUACAACGCGAAACUGAAAUCAAAUGGCAAGCUAGUGAAGUUACUAUGUAUGCAUAUGCUGAUUUCAUGAAUGUUUCUCCCGAAAUAAGUGCAGGCUGCAUGGGGGCAGAGAUAUCUAUGGUAUAUGUACCGAAUGAUGUCAAUGAUGUCAUUGGUAAAUCCAUAUUAUUUGAUAUGCACCUUUAUGCUCAUAAAAAUCCUCCACCAUCUUCCAUAAUGCUGAUUUCGGGGGAUGCUAGCUUUUGUCAUACACUACAUAGGCUUCAUCUACAGGAUCACCCUGUAAUUUUUGUCAUUCCUUCUAGUGUUGGUCUUUUAUCUGCUUUGAGUUGUGCCUCCAUUGACGUUUGGGACUGGUCCAGUGUGAUUCAUGGAGAAGGGCAUGCUGUUAAUAGGGAGAGAGGUGUUUAAAUGGGAGCUCAAUCAUCAUCCAAACACAAUCCAGAUGACGUGAUGCUGGUACAACCUGGAGAUUUGACCAGUUUAAAGAAUCAACUAGUGAAGCUGCUAGAGUUCUGGUAGAAUUGAGUAGAAUCUUUGGAUGUAUUUUAGAAUUCAGUAGUUAAAUGCAGUAGUACUUUUCUGAUUUAUUUUGUAGAUUGUUCGUCUAUUUUGGGUAAUUUUAUUAGGUACAAGAGACUGCAAAAUAUCUGGUAUAACUAAGAUUAAUGACCUGUUUGAAAA